UAUGGAAUUUAUACAUGUUGGACUUUCUUUCAUUAUUCCAUACUUGAAAAGCGAAACCAAACCCACAAGAAGUAUGUUCUUGUUAUGCUUCUUCCCUCCACCCACUCCUCACUCUCUCUUCUUCCCAUUUCCACGCAUGCUUGAUUUCUGAUUUUGCUUUCUUCCUCUUCCAGCACAUUGCUUUUUUUCAAGUCCAGCACUGAAGGCAUUUAUGGAAGCAUAUAAUUCAUCUGGAUCUUUCUGCUUCUGAUAUAAAAGAGAUGCACAUGGUUUCUUCGGACAAAAGUGCUGAUUGCAAUGCUUCUUCUGAUAAAUCGCUUCAAAGGCUGAGUUCUCAAAGUGAUAUUACUGUGUCACAAGAGACUUGUGAUGAUAAAAAUGACUCAUCCAACCCAGAGGGAGCAGGAAGAAUUCCUUCUGUUGCAGCUGAGAGAGAGGUGCAAGAUUCUGAUGCUACUCCUGAUGCACUGCAAUCAGAUCAAGAAGGUAGUGGAUGUACUUCACCACUUCAAAGACCUUUGCAGAGUCCUAAUACUAAUCAGCGUCAAUUACAAUCUAGUGAUGAAAGCCCCUCUAUAAUAUGUGAAAAGAGUUCAAAAGAAAGUGUAGCUGAGAAAGAAGUGUGGGAUUUGGAUGCUACUUGCAAUGCACGGAAAUCAGAGCAAAAGAGUAUAUGCUCUUUACCUCAAGAGAAACCCUUGCAAAACCCUAGUACCAUUCCACACACAUUACAGUGUGGUCAGGAUGGUCUCUCUAUAGCACGUGAAAAAGUCUCAAAGGAUGGAUAUAAUUGGAGAAAAUAUGGCCAGAAAAAUGUCAAGGGAAAUGAAUAUAUAAGGAGCUAUUACAAGUGCACACAUCCCAACUGCCCUGCAAAGAAGCAAUUGGAACAGUCAAAUAAUGGACAGAUUACAGAUACCAUUUGCAUCGGCCAGCAUAAUCAUCCCCAAGUAAACAGUCCACGACCUGCUGAAGAAAAAUCAGACAAGCCCUCUCUUCCCAUCAUGAAAGACAACACAUCCAUUGAGCAUGGAUGUGUGCCUCAACAGAUCAAGUCUCUAGAAACUCAUCCUGUUUCAACAGUUUCCACAAUUAAUGAGGUCAAAGCUGCACUUUUACAGUCGACUGGAACAAGGGAUGUGGUUCUUGCCAAUGAGGAUCCUGAGUCAAAACGCUUGAAGAAAAACAUUAGUAAUGUUGAUGCCCCUGGGGCUGAGAAGUCAGCUGGUGAAUCUCGUCAUGUUGUUCAGACUUCAAGUGAGGUUGAUUUUAUUAAUGAUGGGUACCGUUGGCGCAAGUAUGGGCAGAAACUAGUAAAAGGAAAUCCAAAUCCAAGCAUUUUCGCUCCACGCUCUUCCAGAAGUUAUUAUCGGUGCUCAAGUCCCGGAUGCCCUGUCAAAAAGCACGUGGAAAGGGCCUCUCAUGAUAAAAAAAUUGUGAUAACCACCUAUGAGGGGCAUCAUGAUCAUGAAAGCCCCUCUGGAAGGACUGUUAGUCAUGACGGAGCAGCAAACACAUCCACAACAAUCAUCAACAGUGAUUCAGGAACCAAAUCUGGGGAAAACUCUGUUUUUGUUGAUCCAGCAGAACAACAGACUUGCUUGGACCUAGAAAGCAGAUCACAGAAGCGACCAAAUGGUGAGCAAAUUGCAAAGCCAAAGUCUUGUGAUAUGGUUGAAUCUGAAGGGAUUGCUACUCAAGCUUCUGAAAGUCCUUGGAGUGAGAAAGAACAAAAGGGCGACACGGGUGCUGGAAAUGAUUCAGGCGGCCUUGGCACCACAUGCCAUCGAGGUUCUGAGCCUCCAUGUAGAUUAAAUAAACAGCAGACGGAUGAGGUAAGAACCAUAUCAGAAGAAAGUAAGUUAAACAAGCAAUCUGAACCUGAUGCAGAACCAGUUCAAAGCUAAAUUGGCAAUGCUGUUUAAAGCUGAAGCUAGUUACUGAGGACCAAAAUAGCUGACAAUAACAUAGUUAAUGUAGGAAUAAGUAUUAAAUGGGAUGAUGGUUGUUAUCUCUAUUCUAACAUUUUUCUUUUUCGCUUGCUCCCUCUUGUUCUGUUCUUAGAAUUUGGAAAGGUUUACUAAAUAAUAAUAGGGGAUACUACUACAUUGGACAUACUUGUAUACUACUAUUUAUAUGGGAUAAAUAAGUGAAGGCUGUACAAAAACGUGUGGAUGUAUUUUAGUUUUCGUUCUUCUUUUCA